AUGGCUCCGAAAACAUACAAAGAUGUGCUUGAUUUCUGGUUCGGUGCCAAAUCAUCGCGUGACUAUCUCCGACCGAAGCCGUUCUGGUAUGGAAGCCCCGCAGAUGACAAGUAUGUUCGCAAGCAUCUUAGUGAGUGCUAUGAAGCCGCCAGAGAUGGCACCCUUGAUCACUGGAGGGUCAGAGGUAAAGGCGAGGGAGCACUCACUUUGAUCCUGCUCCUCGAUCAAGUACCUCGAAAUAUCUUCCGAGAUACACCAGAGGCUUAUGCCACCGAUUCAAAAGCAGUUUCAGUCUCACGAAAACUUGAAGGAUCAGGAAGUUUCGAUGAAAUUGUUCACUGA